UUUCCAUUAUAUAUCUCGAGGCCCUGUCCGCCCGGUGGAUCUGAACAGUAAUAUAACUGUAAUAAGUCUUCCAUCCCUCCUCCUCCUCCUCCUCUGUCUCUUUUGCCUCCUCAAUCGCACCCUUCCCUGUACGAAGAAACCUAAUCGUCGAAAAUAUAUACAAGGAGAGUCAUUUCUUCCCGAUUUCUUCAACUCUCGUUCCAUUUUCUUGUUCUUGAUCCCAACAAUCUUUCAUGUUCGUAAACUAUUUCAUUUUCAUCUUUCUAUGGUCAUUAAUCUUACCUUGAUUCCGUGUAUGAACCAUCCUGUUAUCAACCAAUCUUUUUGGUUGUCCGGAGAUUAGAAACCCUUUCCACCACAAACAUAAAACAAGCACAGGUUAUACAGGACUAAACAAGACGGGUACCUGACAUAUUCGCAGGGCAGAUCAUCAUCGUGAAUGGAAGAAAGAGAAUCGGUGGAGUAAAAAAAUCAUAAAGUCAUAAAGGAAUGCUGUAUCUGAAGCAACCAAACUCCAUGUAUUCGGGGUUUUGUUGCUGGGCAGAGUAUAUAUAUAACUAAACAGCGGCAGGGUUGAAUGCUCUUCUGAUUUUAUUUUUGAACCGAGCCCUGAGGAGGAGGCUCGGAUCUGGAUUGGACAACCAUCGGACAAAUAAUAGCGAUGGCGACAGAUAAUGAGCAUCUCUUCCCUCCUCUUAACGAACCAAUACCAUACUCCUCUCACAUGGCCGCGUCAGAAAAUGAGGCUGAUGAACCAUCCUUCUCUCCCGUGGCUACUCCACUUGCCUAUCUACAAAAAUUCAGGCUUUACGAGACUCGAUCGAAAUAUUACAUGGUAGGAAGAGACAAGAGUCGCAGACACUGGAGAGUGUUGAAGAUUGACAGGUUAGAGGCUUCCGAGCUUAACAUUCGUGAGGAUUUUACAACUUAUACAGAAAAUGAAUGCUCUGACCUCUUGAGAACGAUCCAUGAGGGUAAUAGGUCCACAGGGGGACUCAAGUUUGUUACCACUUGCUAUGGAAUUGUUGGUUUUAUCAAAUUUCUUGGACCGUACUACAUGUUGCUGAUUACGAAAAGAAGGCCAAUUGGUUCAAUUGGUGGCCAUACAGUAUAUGCGAUCUCUAAGACUGAGAUGAUAUCACUAUCAGAUACUGUAACUCAGUCCAAUCUGACUAUGUUGAGACAUGAAAAUAGAUACAAGAAGCUACUCUGCAUGGUGGAUCUUACAAAGGACUUCUUUUUCAGUUACUCAUACCAUGUUAUGUGUAGCCUUCAGAAGAACAGUUGUAAUGAUGAGACAAGACAGGUUCUCUAUGAGACCAUGUUCGUCUGGAAUGAGUUCUUAACCCGUGGAAUCCGGAAUUUUCUCCAAAAUACAAUGUGGACAGUGGCACUGGUUUAUGGUUUUUUUAAACAGGAUAAGCUUUCAAUCUCUGGACGGGACUUCAGGUUGACUCUCAUCUCAAGACGUUCCCGCCAUUAUGCUGGGACCAGGUACUUAAAACGAGGGGUAAAUGAGAAGGGCAGAGUGGCUAAUGACGUAGAAACAGAGCAAAUUUUGUUUGAAGAUGUUCCUGAUGGAUUUCCUAUGCAAAUUAGUUCAGUUGUUCAAAAUCGUGGAUCAAUACCACUUUUCUGGUCACAAGAAACUUCACGCCUGAAUAUUAAGCCUGAUAUUAUGUUGUCAAGGAGGGACCAAAACUACGAAGCUACCAGACUUCAUUUUCAGAAUCUUGUCAAGAGAUAUGGAAACCCUAUCAUCAUAUUGAAUUUGAUAAAGACGAAUGAAAAAAGACCUCGAGAGUCCAUUCUUCGUACUGAGUUUGCCAAUGCAAUUAAAUGCAUUAAUAAAGAUUUAUCGGAGGAGAACCAUCUCAAAUUUCUACACUGGGAUCUGCACAAGCAUUCUCGAAGCAAAGGCACAAAUGCGUUGCUCUUUUUAGGCAGAUUGACGGCAUAUGCACUGACACUGACGGGUUUCUUUUACUGUCAAGUUGUCCCAGUGUAUAGAUCUGAAGGGUGCUUGAGAUGGCCUUGUUUUGAGAAUGUUGCUGCUAGCAACUUGUCUGCCUCGCGGGAUUUCAACAUUGAUGAUGCUAAAAGUUGUGAUAGUGGAUAUAAGAAUACCAGUGCUAGACAGGAAAACUAUUGUGGUGGUAAAUACGUGGAGAAGGAUAACAGCUCUGUUAGAUUACCAAUGUUUCAAAAAGGAAUUCUCAGGACAAAUUGCAUAGAUUGUUUGGAUCGCACAAAUGUUGCACAAUAUGCAUAUGGUUUGGCUGCUCUAGGACGUCAGCUGCAUGCUUUAGGAGCGAUAGGUUCUUCAGAGAUUGACCUUGAUAACCCUUUGGCGGAGGAAUUAAUGGGAUUUUAUGAGAGAAUGGGAGACACACUAGCUCAUCAAUAUGGUGGUUCAGCUGCACAUAACAAGGUAUUUUCUGAGCGAAGGGGUCAGUGGAAAGCUGCAACGCAGUCGCAGGAAUUCUUUAGAACUCUCCAAAGGUACUACAACAAUGCUUACAUGGAUGCAGAGAAACAAAAUGCCAUUAAUGUAUUUUUGGGGCAUUUUCAGCCACAGGAUGGUAAACCUGAAGUAUGGGAGCUGGAUUCAGACCAGCAUUUCAGUGCAUAUAGGAAUGGAUGCUCAGCGGUGGAUAAAGAUGGGAGGUCAUUGCAUAAGAAAUCUUUAUCAGAUGGCAACAUAAUUCGUGAAAGCAAGUUACCUACCUCGAGCUCUAAUAUUGGCAAGAGCUUUGCAUGCUCUGCCUUAUCAGAUCGAUCACCUGGAGAAAGCAAAAUGAUUUUUGGGUCUAAACCAGAAAUAUCAACCUGUGAUAGUGGCUUGACAUGCUCAAGGGAGCCUUUUGGUGACUUGCACAAUGAUGGAUCACUUGACGAAGAGAAAAGUCAUUCCGUUGAUUGCUCCAACUUUGUUGAUCUAGAUUGGCUUUCUUCCUCUCUCAAUUCAUGUGAGGAGCAGUUGCUGGGGAGAUCGCUUUUCGCACGCUCGUCAAUGGCUGGACUGUCACCUGAGAAUGCUGCCAACGAAAUUGCAGCAGAGACGACUCCAUCCACCAGCGAAUCCAGCAUCAAGGGGAGCAAGCAUACUGCAAUGGAGUCAUUGUGCGAUGAUUAUGAUCUUCCUGAGGAAUUUUCAGAUAGUUUUCUGCGCUGGAUUAACAAUGGAGAGACUCUUUGCCACUAAGGCGGGUUUUGGAUUUUCCUCGGCAUUAAUGCUUAUUGGGCCUAAAGUAUCUUGAACAGUUUUUUCUGCACGUGUGAUGAGCAGAGACCGGACAAGCCCUCUGGUUAGCCUUAUAUCAGUUUGGGAACCUACAUGCUUCUUUAUGCAGUAGUUUAAAUGUUUGAUGGUAAAAAUGUGUGCUUAUUUUUGGCUAUGUUUAAUUAUCCAAGGCUGUGAUUGGUUUUGUAAAUGUAUAUAUGCACUAUCAGCUAUAGGAACCCCACUGUUUAUUUAGGCAGGUGAUUCUUUACAACCAUAUAUGUUUAACAAUACUUUUGUCUUAUGCUGCAAUAAGUUUGAUUGAGCCAUUGUAUACUCAUAUUUUGUGCAGUUGUAAUCAUCUGUUUCUGACUGCU